GUAACUUCAGUUUUUAGAGAAAAAAGAAGUUGGGAUUUUUUUGUAAAAUCAUGCCAUCUGAACAGAAACUGUUAUUUUUUGAUGAAAAACAAACUACUUUAAGAAAAGAUUAUGAUGUGAAAAAUGAGAUAGUAGAUACUAUCAGAUCAGUACCUAGAGCAAAAAUUUCAGAAAGUAGUUUUCACUAUGAACUAAAAAAUGUGAAAAUUGAUUUGCCGAAGAUAAAUAUCCCAAAUGAAGUCUUUUUGAACCAUGAAGUUGACAAAUACAGAAAAUUAUUUCAGCGUCAACCACAGACUGCAAGAAAAUCUAUCAGUGUAAAGACUGUAAGCUGUGUAGAGGAGUGUAUGUUGCUCCAUAAGUCUGAGCGAGUUGAAGAAGAGGGUUUAAAAAUGUCUGCAAAAAUACUCAAUUUCAACUGUUUAAAAUGCCGAGAUAGCACUCGAUACAGUCCAAAUGAUUUGCAGAAACACUUUCAAAUGUGGCACCAUGGUGAAUUACCUUCAUAUCCUUGUGAAAUGUGCAGUUUUUCAGCAAAUGACUUCCAGAUAUUUAAACAACACAGACGGACACAUAGAAGCACUUUAGUAAAAUGUGACAUUUGUAACAAUGAGAGUGUAUAUACUUUAUUAGACUUGACAAAACAUUUUGCAUCCACACAUUGUGUAAAUGGUAGUUUUCAAUGUGAAAAGUGCAAAUUCUCCACCCAGGAUGUUGGCACAUUUGUUCAGCACAUUCAUAGACAUAAUGAAAUCCAUUAUAAAUGUGGUAAGUGCCAUCAUGUAUGUUUUACCAAAGGAGAGCUUCAGAAGCACCUUCAUGUUCAUUCUGGUACAUUUCCCUUCACUUGUCAAUAUUGUAGCUAUGGUGCCACUAGGAGAGAGCACCUGGUAAGACAUGUUAUAACUCUGCACAAAGAACACUUAUAUGCGAAAGAAAAACUGGAAAAAGACAAAUAUGAAAAGAGGAUGGCAAAGACUUCAGCAGGACUUAAGCUGAUACUGAAAAGAUACAGAAUAGAUGCAUCAAGGAAGACGUUCUGGAAACGCAAGAAGAUCAACAAUGGAAGUGACAGGAGUAUAGAAAAAAACACUCAAGUGCUUAAAAAAGUGAACAAAACACAGGCUAAAUCUGAAGACCAGAGCCAUCUUGUUCAAGAGCAUUUAAAUGAAGAAAAGGAUGAAAGACCACACUGUGAGAAUAAUGAUAAACCUGCUGAGUCAGAGUCAGAAAAGCCAACUCUUCUGUCCACUGGGCAAUGUAAUAGAGCUGAAGAGGGAUCAAAUUCUACUCUAGGUUUCUUGAAGACUGCUGUACAAGGACCUACAGUGUUAAUGGUGAAAAAUAAUAGAAUAACAAUUCCUGCUAACUACAGUGCUGAUUUUAUGGGAUUUAAGAUGGUGGAUGGAAAACAACAUAUUGUAAUAAAAUUGUUACCUACCAAUAAACAGAAUUUAUAUUUACCAGGCUCACAGUCAGAUGCUGCAAAGGACAGUACUGCCAAUUUGCAGCCCCAGACUUUGGACACUGCUGGAUUUUUAGCAGGAGUAACAGCUGAAUUAAGUGACACAGUUUACAUGAAAGCAAAUACUCCAUUUUCAUGUUCAUCUCCUAUAUUUUCAGGGAAAGUAACGUCAGAAAAAGAAAUGGCUUUGCUAUCUCAAACGAGUAAUACGCUUCAAACAGUGGAUGAUGAUAAAAAUGUGUCUUCUUUGUCAGCAUCAGAAUUGGUUUCAGCAUCAGUGAAUUUGACCACAAAAGUUGAAACAAAAGAUAAUAUUGACCUAUGGGGAAGUUAUAUUACUCAGAGUCACCCUGAGAUAUCAGGUGCUGCCAUUAGAAGUCCAGAUAAAGUCAACUCUACUGCCAAACAAAAUGCAUACAACAGUGGAGAUAUGCAUAACUAUUGCAUUAAUUAUGUCAACUCUGAGUUACCUGUUGAAUCUUCCAACCAAGGAUCAUUGCCCUUUCAUAAUUACUCAAAAGUAAAUAAUUCUAAUAAACGUCGUAGGUUUUCAGGAACAGGAAUGUGUGAAAACCCUCAAAAAGAACCUUCAUCAAGCAAGACAGUUGUUCAACAACCAAUAAGUGAAUCAGUUUUAUCACUGGUGAGGAAGGAGAGCUCAAAUCCAGAUAGCAUGUUAGCAUCUAUUAGCCUUUUAAAUACUAAAGAUGGAACUUUAAAAAUGCAAACUGAAAUUGAAGAACAGUGUGUUUUAGAAAAAGGAGAAAACAUUGAUGGACAGAACUUAUACACUAAUGAAAAUCAGAAUUUAGAGAGCAUGACUGAGAAAUCUAAGUGGGAUGACAUUUCUAAUGUUGAGUCACCUAUGAUGCCUAGAAUCACAUCUGUUUUCUCUCUCCAGAGUAAACAGGCAUCAGAAUUUUUGCCACCUGAAGUAAACCAGUUACUUCAGGAUGGAUUAAAAACAAAAUCUGAGGUAAAACAAGACUCUAGUAAUAGUAACACUCCUGAUAAAGGCCUGCCACUUCAUUGUGACCAGUCAUUUCAGAAACUUGAGGGAGAAGGCAAAAUAGUUGAAUCUUCAAAAGACGUCAAAGUACAAGGCAUCUUCCCAAUCCCAUCUGGUGGUAUAGGGAUUAAUGUGCCUACAAAUGAUCUGAAUUUAAAAUUUAGUGGAAAAGAAAAACAAAAUGUGUCAAUAUCACAAGAUGUGAGAGAUUCAGAAAAGACACCUAGAAUUUCAGGUAUUGGCACAUUACUUAAGACUCAGUCAGAUGCAAUAAUAACACAGCAGCUCGUAAAAGAUAAACUACGAGCCACUACACAAAAUUUAGGUUCUUUAUAUAGGCAGAGUCCACUUCUGAAUUCAGAACCAAAAAAGGCUAUAUUUGUUCAGACUCCAAAAGGCUUUUUUGUACCAUUGCACAUUGCUAACAAGCCUGGAUUACAUGUUGUUUCAGGAAGACCACUUCCAUUGGUUAAUACACAAGGUGUACCUGCUUCUCUUCUUUUAAAUAAGAAACCUGGGAUGAUUUUAACAUUUAAUAAUGGGAAACUUGAAGGUAUUUCCACUGUCAAAAUUGAGAGUUCUCAAGCUUGUGGAACUACAGCUAAGGAGCCCUGCAGAACACCUUUUUUAAAGGUAGAACCAAACAGUAAUUGUCUGACACCUGCACUUUGUUCCAGCAUUGGCAGUUGUUUGAGCAUGAAAAGUAGCUCAGAAAAUACUUUGCCAUUAAAAGGCCCUUACAUUAUCAAAACAUCAGCAAAUUCUUCAGUGAAAGCUGUUCCUACUCCUAAUACAGUAUCUGAGCAUCAGGGCACCAAGUUGAAUAACUUGGACUCAGUAAAACAGCAGAAUGAGAUUUUUCCAAAACCACCUCUUUAUACCCUCUUGCCUGAUGGCAAACAAGCUGUUUUUUUAAAGUGUGUGAUGCCAAAUAAGACUGAGCUGCUUAAGCCUAAAUUAGUCCAAAAUAGUACGUAUUAUCAAAACAUACAGCCAAAGAAACCUGAAGGAACACCACAAAAAAUAUUGCUGAAAAUUUUUAACCCUGUUUUAAAUGUGACUGCUGCUAACAAUCUGUCUGUAAGCACCUCUGCAUCCUCAUUGCAGAAAGACAAGGUACCAUCUAAUCAGACUACAGGAGGAGAGCAGAGAGAGCCAGAAUCUUCUAGAGAUGCCUUACCCUUCUUACUAGAUGAUAUGAUGCCAGCAAAUGAAAUUGUGAUAACUUCUACUGCAACAUGCCCAGAAUCUUCUGAGGAACAAAUGUGUUUCACUGACCGUUCAGACACCAGGGUAUUAAGGUGUAAAACAAAUUGUACAAUCGAGAGAAACUUCAAUAGAAAAAAGACUUCGAAAAAAAAAUUUUCAAGAAUUAAAACUCAUGUAAGAAGUAAAGAUUCCGAAACUGCCUUUGUAUCUAGAAACAGAAACUGUAAACGAAAGUGUAGGGAUAGUUAUGAAGAACCUCCAAGAAAAAAAGCAACAUUACAUAGAAAGUGUAAAGAAAAGUCUAAACCUGAAGAUGCCCGUGAAUCGUUUGAUUUUAGCAGACCAAGGCUUUCAAAAGAUUCAGUCAGAACUUUGCGGCUUUUCCCCUUUAGUUCCAAACAGCUUGUGAAAUGUCCUAGGAGAAACCAACCAGUUGUAGUUUUGAAUCAUCCUGAUGCAGAUGCACCAGAAGUAGUAAGUGUAAUGAAAACUAUUGCUAAAUUUAAUGGACGUGUACUUAAGGUUUCAUUGUCAAAAAGAACUAUCAGUGCUUUACUGAAGCCAGUUUGUGAUAAUGCCCCAAAAACAAUUUAUGGUGAUUUUUCCAAAAGACAUAAAACAUUGAAACCUGUUAGUUCUGUCAAAGAAAGAUUUGUGCUAAAAUUAACACUCAAAAAGACAAGCAAAAACAAUUAUCAGAUCGUGAAAACUACCUCUGAAAAUGUUCUGAAAGCUAAAUUUAACUGUUGGUUUUGUGGUAGAGUAUUUGACAAUCAGGAUGCUUGGGCUGGUCAUGGGCAGAGACAUUUAAUGGAGGCCACUCGUGAUUGGAAUACGUUAGAAUAAUUUACUGUAGUUACCAAGGAAAAGAAAAGUAAAACUAUCUUAGAAAAAAAC